GCUGUCGAGGGAGGAGCUGCCGCCGCUGGCGCCUAGACUCUUCUGUGUGUGGAAGCGCGGAGGUUGCGAGCGGUUUGAUUGCUGCCUCCCCGCAGUGUGCCGGAGCUCGAACCCCAGCCCUGGAAACCCAGUUCUAGGGGCUGGAGCAGUGACUCAGUGAAUAAUGUAUUUGCGUGGAAGCAUAAAGACCUGAAUUUGGAUCCCAAGAACCCACAGAAAUGCCAGCCAUGGGGUCUUGUUCCUGUAACUUCAGUUCUGGGAUGCAGAAGAGAGGAUCCUGAAAGCUUGCUGACCAACUAGCCUAGCCAAGGAACAUAAAGACAUCAAAAAAUGGAACCAAGUAUGGAUGUGAAUUCAGUCACUAUCUCUGUUGAGGGAAUGACAUGUAUUUCCUGUGUCCGGACCAUUGAACAGCAGAUCGGGAAAGCGAAUGGUGUCCAUCACAUUAAAGUUUCACUGGAAGAAAAAAAUGCAACUAUUAUUUUUGACCCUAAACUUCAGACUCCAAAGACCCUCCAAGAAGCUAUCGAUGACAUGGGCUUUGAUGCUCUUCUCCACAAUGCCAGCCCUCUCCCUGUUUUAACCAAUACUGUGUUUCUGACUGUUACUGCUCCACUGGCUCUGCCAUGGGACCAUAUCCAAAGCACAUUGCUCAAGACCAAGGGUGUGACUGGUGUUAAGAUUUCCCCUCAGCAAAGAACUGCAGUAGUAACCAUAAUCCCUUCUCUAGUGAGUGCCAGUCAGAUUGUGGAGCUGGUCCCAGACCUCAGUUUAGACGUGGGAAGUCAGGAGAAAAAGUCAGGAGCAUGUGACGAACACAGCACGCCUCAGGGCGGGGAAGUCAUGCUGAAGAUAAAAGUGGAAGGGAUGACCUGCCAUUCGUGCACUAGCACCAUUGAAGGCAAAGUUGGGAAGCUGCAAGGUGUUCAGCGAAUUAAAGUGUCCCUAGACAACCAAGAAGCUACUAUUGUUUAUCAGCCUCAUCUGAUCACAGCAGAGGAAAUAAAGAAGCAGAUUGAAGCUGUGGGCUUCCCAGCCUUCAUAAAAAAGCAGCCCAAGUACCUCAAAUUGGGAACCAUUGAUGUCGAGCGCCUGAAGAAUACAUCAGUCAAAUCCCCAGAAGGAUCACAGCAGAAGAGCCCAUCUUAUCCUAGUGAUUCAACAGCCACAUUCAUCAUAGAGGGCAUGCACUGUAAAUCAUGUGUGUCAAAUAUCGAAAGUGCUUUAUCUACACUCCAGUAUGUAAGCAGUAUAGUCGUUUCUUUAGAGAAUAGGUCAGCCAUUAUAAAGUACAAUGCAAGCUCAGUCACUCCAGAAACGCUGAGAAAAGCAAUAGAGGCUGUUUCGCCAGGGCAAUACAGAGUUAGUAUUGCAAAUGAAGUUGAAAAUACCUACAGCUUUCCCUCCAGUUCAUCUCUUCAAAAGAUGCCUUCAAACAUAGUUAGCCAGCCUCUGACCCAAGAAACUGUGAUUAACAUUAACGGCAUGACUUGUAAUUCUUGUGUCCAGUCUAUAGAGGGUGUCAUAUCAAGAAAGCCAGGUGUAAAAUCCAUCCGUGUUUCUCUUGCAAAUAGUACUGGGACUGUUGAAUAUGAUCCUCUACUAACCUCUCCAGAAACCUUGCGAGAAGCAAUUGAAGACAUGGGAUUUGAUGCUAUCUUGCCAGACACAAACGAGCCAUUGGUAGUGAUAGCUCAGCCCUCACUGGAAACACCACUUUUGCCCUCAACUAAUGAGCCAGAUAGUGUGAUGACACCAGUCCAUAGCAAGUGUUACAUACAGGUCUCUGGAAUGACUUGUGCUUCUUGUGUAGCAAACAUUGAGCGGAAUCUAAGACGAGAAGAAGGAAUAUAUUCUGUACUUGUGGCCCUGAUGGCCGGCAAAGCAGAAGUAAGAUAUAACCCAGCUGUUAUUCAACCCCCAAUGAUAGCAGAGUUUAUCCGAGAGCUUGGAUUUGGAGCCAUGGUGAUGGAAAAUGCUGAUGAAGGGGAUGGCGUUUUGGAACUUGUUGUAAGAGGAAUGACAUGUGCCUCGUGUGUCCAUAAAAUCGAGUCUACUCUCACAAAACACAAAGGGAUCUUCUACUGCUCUGUGGCCUUGGCAACCAACAAAGCACAUAUUAAAUAUGAUCCAGAAAUUAUGGGUCCCAGAGAUAUUAUCCAUACCAUUGAAAGCUUAGGUUUUGAAGCUUCUUUGGUCAAGAAAGAUCGGUCAGCCAGUCACUUAGAUCAUAAACGAGAAAUAAAACAAUGGAAAAGGUCGUUCCUUGUGAGCCUGUUUUUCUGUAUCCCUGUAAUGGGGCUGAUGAUAUAUAUGAUGGUUGUGGAUCACCACCCUGCAACUUUUCACCAUAAUCAGAAUAUGAGUAAUGAAGAAAGGAUCCAUUCCCCUAUGUUCCUGGAGCAUCAGAUCCUGCCAGGACUGUCCAUUAUGAAUUUGCUGUCUCUUUUAUUGUGUCUACCUGUACAGUUUUGUGGAGGCUGGUACUUCUACAUUCAGGCUUACAAAGCGCUGAAGCAUAAGACAGCAAAUAUGGAUGUGUUGAUUGUGCUGGCAACUACCAUCGCAUUUGCCUACUCUCUGGUUAUUCUUCUAGUCGCAAUGUAUGAGAGAGCUGAAGUGAACCCUAUUACCUUCUUUGAUACGCCUCCUAUGCUGUUUGUGUUUAUUGCCCUAGGUCGGUGGCUGGAACAUAUAGCAAAGGGCAAAACCUCAGAAGCUCUUGCAAAGCUAAUUUCACUACAAGCAACAGAAGCAACUAUUGUAACUCUUAACUCUGAAAAUCUCCUCCUGAGUGAAGAACAAGUAGAUGUGGAACUUGUACAGCGUGGAGAUAUAAUUAAGGUGGUUCCAGGAGGCAAAUUUCCAGUGGAUGGCCGUGUUAUUGAAGGACAUUCUAUGGUAGAUGAGUCCCUCAUCACAGGGGAGGCAAUGCCUGUGGCUAAGAAACCUGGCAGCACGGUGAUCGCAGGUUCCAUUAACCAGAAUGGAUCCCUCCUUAUCCAAGCUACCCAUGUUGGAGCAGACACAACCCUUUCUCAGAUUGUCAAACUUGUAGAGGAGGCACAAACAUCAAAGGCCCCUAUCCAGCAGUUUGCAGACCAACUCAGUGGCUACUUUGUUCCUUUUAUCGUCUUGAUUUCCAUUGCUACCCUCUUGGUAUGGAUUAUAAUUGGAUUUCAAAAUUUUGAAAUUGUGGAAACCUACUUUCCUGGCUACAGUAGGAGCAUCUCACGAACAGAAACCAUAAUACGCUUUGCUUUCCAAGCCUCUAUCACAGUUCUAUGUAUCGCAUGUCCCUGCUCACUGGGACUAGCUACUCCAACUGCUGUAAUGGUGGGCACAGGAGUAGGUGCUCAGAAUGGGAUACUUAUCAAAGGUGGGGAGCCCCUGGAGAUGGCUCAUAAGGUAAAGGUAGUGGUAUUUGAUAAGACUGGAACUAUUACCCAUGGAACCCCAGUAGUGAAUCAAGUAAAGGUUCUAGUGGAAAGUAACAGAAUACCACGCAAUAAGAUCCUGGCCAUUGUGGGCACUGCGGAAAGUAACAGCGAACACCCUUUAGGAGCAGCUGUAACCAAGUACUGCAAGCAGGAGCUGGACACUGAAACUUUGGGUACCUGCACAGAUUUCCAGGUUGUACCAGGCUGUGGUAUUAGCUGUAAAGUUACCAAUAUUGAAGGUUUGCUACAUAAGAAUAACUUGAAGAUAGAAGAAAAUAACAUUAAAAAUGCAUCCCUCGUUCAAAUUGAUGAAAUUAAUGAACAGUCAUCAACUUCAUCUUCUAUGAUUAUUGAUGCUCAUCUCUCAAAUGCUGUUGAUACUCAGCAGUACAAAGUCCUCAUUGGUAACCGGGAAUGGAUGAUUAGAAAUGGUCUUGUCAUAAGUAAUGAAGUAGACAGUUCCAUGAUUGAACAUGAAAGAAAAGGUCGGACUGCUGUAUUGGUGACAAUUGAUGAUGAGCUGUGUGGCUUGAUAGCCAUUGCUGAUACUGUGAAACCUGAGGCAGAGCUGGCUGUCCACAUUCUGAAAUCUAUGGGCUUAGAAGUAGUUCUGAUGACUGGAGACAACAGUAAAACGGCUCGAUCUAUUGCUUCUCAGGUUGGCAUUACUAAGGUGUUUGCUGAAGUUCUGCCUUCCCAUAAAGUUGCUAAGGUGAAACAGCUUCAAGAGGAGGGAAAACGGGUAGCGAUGGUAGGAGAUGGAAUCAAUGAUUCUCCAGCUCUGGCAAUGGCAAAUGUUGGAAUUGCCAUUGGCACAGGCACAGAUGUAGCCAUUGAAGCAGCCGAUGUGGUUUUAAUAAGGAAUGACCUUCUGGAUGUUGUAGCAAGUAUCGACUUGUCAAGGAAGACAGUCAAGAGGAUUCGAAUCAAUUUUGUCUUUGCUCUAAUUUAUAAUCUGAUUGGAAUUCCCAUCGCUGCUGGAGUUUUUCUGCCCAUUGGUUUGAUUUUGCAACCAUGGAUGGGAUCCGCAGCAAUGGCUGCUUCAUCUGUUUCUGUAGUACUUUCUUCCCUUUUUCUCAAACUUUACAGGAAACCAACUUAUGACAAUUAUGAGUUGGGUGCCCGAAGACACGCAGGACAGAGGAGUCCUUCAGAAAUCAGCGUUCACGUUGGAAUAGAUGAUGCUUCCAGAAAUUCUCCGAGACUGGGCUUGCUGGACCGGAUUGUCAAUUACAGCAGAGCCUCCAUAAACUCACUACUGUCUGACAAACGCUCCCUCAACAGUAUUGUUACUAGUGAACCUGACAAGCACUCACUUCUAGUGGGAGACUUCCGGGAAGAUGAUGACACCACACUGUAAAAGGUCUCAGGGGAUGCUGCUAGUUGAAGUUCAUGUGCACUGAUGGAGCACGUACAUUGUCAUGGAAGGAUCUUAUGUCAGUCUCAUGCUCUUAUGUGCAGGAUUCUAUCUGAGUUGUAUUUGUUAAUGGCAAAAAUAGAUUUCUCAGGGCAAGAGCUCUGAACCUGGCAUUAUCCAAAACAAAUUCCCAGCAGUUUUGUUUUACUAGGGAUAGAGGAUAGAGCAGCAAGUUUAGAACAAACUCCACAGUUAGAGGUUGCUGACUUGCUGCUAAUAUGGCAAAUCAUUUUUAUUUGACCAAAAAAGUGCCCAAAGACAGGAUGAUUAAAAAAUGUGAAGAUUUGAGAGCAUGACCUUGAGGAUAUUCUUGAGCCUGUAUCCUUGCCCCAAUGGGAAGCAAUGGCUUUCAAAGCACUGUACAAAGCAUCUAGUUUAGAAGGAAAACAGUUGCAACUGUUUCAAAAUAGAUGUGCCUUAUUUAUUGUGGGUUUGCUUUCACCUCAUAAUGCCUGCGUCCUUGUCCUUUAGUUUCUAAGAGCCCCAGGAUGGCUUUUGUCACCUUUCAAGUAAACCAAGUUUAGGUGAUUUUUCCUUGAUUAAAAUCACUGACUUGAGGCAGGAGGAUUGCGAGUUCAAAACCAGCCUGGACUAUAUACACUAAGACCCUAUCUCAAAACAUUUUUGUAACUGACAUUUUUCUGAAAUCUUCUCUUAUUUUAUUGUGUCACUCAGAAGACCUUAGAGAGUGCAGAGUUCUCUACCCUUCUGUUUCCCCACUGCUGUCAGAAAUCACUGACUCUUCAGUUUGCCUAGCUCUGGGAUAGCAUUCAGCUCUCUCCUGAUGAGUUCAGCUUUGUUCCUGGUGGAGCCUGUCCCUCAGUUCCAGGCUAGAAACUUACCAUUUGAGCCUCUUUCACAGAAAAGUUCUUCAAAGAUUGACACUAAUAUUUUAACAUAUAUGGGCUGUAUAAAAGUACCUGAACUCACUAAAUCUUCUUUUGGGAUACAAUCACUUGGCUGGUAUAUUAUAAUUUAAUAAAAAUUUAGUUACCUCUUAUGUUUUAGAUAACUUAUCAAAAUGAUUUUUAAAUAUACUAUCAUACAAAGCUGCUUUUAUCAAAACACACAGCAAGCUGUAAUAUAGAAAUAAGAAAAUCUCUGGUUUGUGAUAUCUUAUAGUCAAUAUUUUUCUCUUGUUCAAAACAUUUGCGUUUAUAAACUAACUCCUAAUCUUUUAUUUGCAUGCUAUACUUUAAGCACAUUGCCUAUCUUAUAUGAUUUGUGCUCCGAAAAUGUUCAUUUGUCCUUUUCAGGUCAAUAUUGAAUAUAAAAAAAAUCAUUUUUAUAGAGCAGAGUAUAAAGUGAAAAGGAGAAUGGGAUUCUUCCAUUCCAUCUCUUUUCUCUCUUAUUCCUUCACACCUCCCAGAAACGUUUACAUUCUUCAGAGCUGUCUUUCCAGACUUGGGGAAGACCUAACUUCUCUCUUAGCUAUCGUAAAGAGGUGAGACUUUUGAUGAAGGUGCUAUUAGUCUAGAAAGGCAAACCUGUUUUAAUAAAGUGCAAAUGAGCUUAUGUGUUUAAACUCCAUUUUAGACCAAUCCCUAUGCCAUCUUAAGAAUUGGAGUUUGAAUAUUUGUUUCUUAAUUCUAGCAACCCAUCAUAACAUAACUUGUUGACUCCUAGAAGAAACAGCUAAUGCUAGAGAUGUACAAUUGACUUUUCUUGCUCUGGACCCAAACUGAGAAUAGAAGUCCUCCAGCUCUCAGCCAGUUACCCUUCUGUUACACAUGUAUAAUUGAGCCCUCCUCUUGCCUCCACAUCAUGUUGUAGGACAGUGAGAAUAGCAUUUCACUUCUCACUACCAGAAAAAUGUGUUUGAGAGAGGCUGUAUUCCUAGAAGAGGGAGUUUAUUUAGAGAGGGAUCAAGCACAUUGCUUUCAGUUGGUCACUAACUUUAGAUAAUGUGUUACUGUUGAGAACAGGUUCUAUAAGAAUGUUCAUAUGUAUAUACACAUAUCAUACAUGGAGAGAGAGAGAGAGAGAGAGAGAGAGAGAGAGAGAGAGAGAGAGAGAGCCUUCAGAAAGAAAAUGGGUUUCUAUUUGCAUCUGUUUUGAGGUUCUUUACACUUUCUUUGCCACUCGUCUAUACUCAAUCAGCAACCAUUCUCUUUGUCAGAAGGCACCGUGGACACUUUGUUGUCCAGUGCUUGAUGUAGACUCAGCUAGGAGGCACCUUUAUCUUAAUUAUCCAAAGAUGCCUUUUGAAUUUAAAGAUUAAAACACAACUAGAGUAUUUACUAUUGUAGUUUUAAAAGUAUAGUUGUCAGGUGUGAAAUAGAAAUGUCGCUUUUCCUACUUUAGUAUCAACAUUUUAGGAAGUUAAAUUUGAUGCCUUAUGAACAAAUAAUUUUAUAUUAUGCUUUAAUUUUUUAAAAAAUUAUUCUUCAUUCAUAUAUACAGAAUGUUUGAAAUAGCACUAUAGAUAAGAUGUUUCCAAAAAUGUGAGUGUGCAUAUCUUUUCUGUACACAGCUUAAAAUCAAAAAGAUGUGUAGUAGAGGAUUUUCCCAUUACUUGUGGAUUCUGUUUUAAAGUUAUUUUCUUAAUAUUUAUUUUACUCUAUCUUGUUAUUUUCUUUGAAUGAGGCAUCUGGUUACAGGUUAUUUUUUUUUAAAAAAUAUACAUUCCUGAUAUCACUCCUUUGGAUUAUUUUGUUUUCUGUACUUAAAAACAAUUUCUUUACCAAAUAUAAAAAUAUAGAUCCAUGCCAAAUCAUUACCAACUUUUAUGCUGACUCUCUUGAGUCCUUUGAUCUGGUAAUGCGUAAAAAGAUAAAACAAAAAGCAUGAAUUCUUAUUUCUCAGUCACCUGAGCUUUUUAAUGACAUUGAUAAUAAUAAAUGCCUUUUGUAGCCAGAACCAGGUGUCUCAACCUUGUGUUUUUAAAGAAAUGUUUAGUCAUGUAUUGUAAAACUUUGGUUAGUAUCCAAAACAGGAGCGGACAACUUUGUGCAAUAUUUGUUUGCUGUAGUCUAGUUUGUUUUUCUCAUGCGCAUGUAAAUUGAUAUUUCUGCCGAAGAUGUGCCUUCAACUUUAUAAUUAUAGUGUUGUAAAAAAAGUGUUGUCAAGUGUCACUGUGUUAAAUCAUCCAGCCCCCUCCGCCAGCAGCUCCAUACUACCCUCGUUGUGUUAUUUGGGGUUUUUUGGAUGCUGUUUCAGCUGUAAAUCCAUGAUGCACCAAGAUCAGAGGCAGCAGCACACAUUUAGGUGGGAGGACAAAAUCUAUUGACCUUCAGAUCUUACUCACCUGCCACUAUCACCUAAUGAGAAUGAGAAACAGGAAUGUGCAUGGCCUCUUCUUUGUAGUGUCUAAUAAAUUCUUGAUAUGAU